AUGGCCCGACCGCCGCCUCCGUGGAUUAAUGUCGGGAGACCGGGGUAUAAGACUGUCGGGUAUUUUACUAAUUGGGGCGUCUACGGCCGCAAUUAUCAACCUCAGGAUAUUCCUGCGGAGUAUAUCACCCAUAUUCUCUACUCCUUCGCCAACAUCCGCCCGACUGGUGAAGUCUUCCUAACCGACACCUACUCCGACCUCGAAAAGCACUACCCCAACGACAGCUGGUCCGAGCCCGGCACCAACGCCUACGGCUGCAUCAAGCAACUCUACCUCCUGAAACAACAACACCGCCACCUCAAAACCCUCCUCUCCAUCGGCGGCUGGACCUACAGUCCCAACUUCGCCGCGCCAGCAUCCACCCCGCGCGGGCGCGAAACCUUCGCCCGCAGCGCCGUGCACCUCCUCGCGGACCUGGGCUUCGAUGGCAUCGACAUUGACUGGGAGUAUCCAGCUGAUGCAUCGCAAGCGAAAGACUUUGUUAUCCUACUAAAGGAUGUGAGGCGCGUGCUGGACGAGUACUCCGCUACCCACCUCGGAGGGAAAAGGCUGUUAUUGACGAUCGCGGCGCCAUGUGGGCCGGAUAAUAUCCGGAAACUGCGGAUCGGCGAUAUGGACCCGUACUUGGAUUUCUGGAAUCUGAUGUGCUAUGAUUUCAGUGGGAGCUGGGAUAAGAACUCCGGACAUAUGGCGAAUGUCUUCCAUUCGGGGAGGGGAGAGAUUACCCCGUUUUGUGCGGAUGGGGCGGUGACGAUGUAUUUGAACGGUGGGGUGAGGGAUCCAAGGAAGAUUAUCUUUGGGUUGCCGUUGUAUGGGAGGGCUUUUGAGGGGACGGAUGGGCCUGGGGGUGGGUUUCAGGGAGUGGGGGAGGGAAGUUGGGAGAAUGGGGUGUGGGAUUACAAGGAUUUGCCGUUGAAGGGGAGUCGGGAGGUGGUGGAUCCCAGGUUGAUGGCUAGUUGGUGUCAUGACCCGGUGAAUAGGAAGAUGGUUAGUUAUGAUACGCCGGAGGUGGCGGCUAUGAAGACGGAUUAUGUUGCUAACAGGCAUUUGGGAGGGGCUAUGUGGUGGGAGUUGAGUGGGGAUCAUCAUGUCUCGCAUGAGAGGAGCUUGGUCAGGGGGACUGCGGAGAGAUUGGGCAGGCUGGGUGGGUUGGAUGGUACGGAGAAUACGUUGUAUUAUCCGCUGAGUCGGUUUGAGAAUUUGAGGAGGGGGUGUGUUUGA